UUCUAUCUCUCUCUCCUUUUUCUCUUAUACCAAACACAGUGUAAGACUGCAGGGGCUUAUUGACUCAAGUACACUCAACCAAGCUCUUGCAGACGCCACCGCAACCAGGCACAUACUUGUCGAGAGAGAGAGAGACACAGAAAAUGAGUUUGAGUUCGAAACACUUGAAGCUGUUAAGCAGAAUCACUUUCUACCACAAACUCCACUCACACUCACAUACAACAACCUUCAACAACUCCUCAAACAACAAUAACAUAAUCACUUCAAUAUCCAAUUCAUUCAGAACAAAACAAAACUGGGACACUAUCACACACAAAUUCACUUCCAUCAAAUUAACCCCUUCAUUAGCUGAACAAAUCUUACUAAACCUAAACAACCCAACCGAUGCAAAAAAUGCAUUAAGUUUCUUCCACUGGUCCACCAAAACGCACCGUUUUCAACACACUCUUCAUUCUUAUUCCAUUACCAUCAAUCUCUUACUCCAUUCCAAUCUAUUAACUGACGCUAAAGCAUUACUCGAAUCAAUCGCUCUUAAAAACACCCAAACCCAUACGGUUCGUGCAGUUGUUGAUUCUCUCUUAAAUGACUCUGUUGUCUCCGGUUCGAACCCUCCGGUUCUUGAUCUGUUAAUUAAAACCUAUGCGAAAGCGAGGUUAAUUGACGCUGCUUUCGAUGUUAUUCGUUAUAUUGAUGAAUUAGAAUUUUGUAUCGGUUUAUCGAGUUUUAAUGCUCUGCUUCAUGUUGCUCAGAGGUGUAAUCGAUUUGAAACUGUUUGGGAGGUUUAUGGUUACAUGAUUUUGAAGAGAGUUUAUCCUAAUGUUGUUACUUUCAGGAUAAUGAUUGAUGCUCUUUGUAAAGAAGGACUGUUACAGAGGAAUGUUGAUAAUGUGGAUCGGAUUGUUGAAAAGCGAAAUUCACAUUCGCCUUCGGUUAUUGUUAAUUUGAGUUUGAUAUUGAGAAUGUUGGAAAAGGAGGGAGAAGAAGAAGGUAAGUUAGUUAAGUUUGUUACAUUGUUGAAGAGAUUGUUGCAGAAGAAUUUGAUUGGUGAUUCUGUUGCGUAUUCGUUGAUUGUUCAUGUUAAAGUUAGGUUAGGGAAUUUGGAUUUUGCUUUGGAGAUGUAUAAUGAGAUGGUGAGAAGAGGUUUUAGUGAGAAUUCGUUUGUUUACACCUCGUUUAUACGUGCGUUUUGUGAGAAGGGACGGAUUGAAGAAGCGAUUGGAUUAAUGAGGGAAAUGGAAGGGAAAGGGUUAAGGGCUUACGGUGAGACUUAUGAAUGUGUUAUCUUUGGAUGUGCGGAUUCGGGACGGUUGAAAGAGUGUUGGAGUGUUUUUGAAGAAAUGCUGAGUGCUGGGUUUGUUCCUGGUUGUUUGUUGUUUGAUAAGGUAGCUAAGAAGCUUUGUGAGAAUGGGGAAGUCGGGAAGGUGAAUGAUAUGUUGACUCUGUUGUUAGAUAAAGGGCUUUUGCCGAGUGAUGUUAUUUAUUCUCAUUUGAUAGAUGGUUAUGCGAGAAAGGACGAAGUUCAGGGAGUUCUUAAGAUAUAUUAUGAAAUGGAGUAUAAGUCAAUGUGUCCUGGAUUGUCUGUUUUUUCCUCGAUGAUUCAGUGUUUGUGCCGUUGUGGAAAGGUUGAUGAUGCGGAGAAGUAUUUGAGGAUUAUGAAAGGUCGAUUGCUGGCUCCAAAUUUGAGUAUAUAUGAGACGUUGAUUGCUGGUCACAUGCUGAAGGGAAACGUCGAAAGGGCUCUUCAGCUUCGCAAUGAAAUGGCCUCAUUGGAGUUGCAGUGUAGUUAGCAUUCCCAAAAGAGAUCAAGAAGGGAGGUUCAGAGGCUAUAGACAUGUUGAGUUUACAAUAACCAACUGACUGCAAGCAUCUCCAAGACUGUCAUAUCAGCGGAAGCAAUAAUGCCAUAUAUGUACUUCUCGGAUACACUUGAGAUCCAUGAUAUGGAGAUCUGCAUCCCUUAAGAGCGACAUGAUGAGCACGAGACACACUGAAUAUGCACAGAUGAUUAAGAGAAUUGAACAAAGUACAAGAAAUCAUUUGAAUGAAGUGCUUAUGCUUGAGGGGUUCUAUUGAAAUGCACUGAAUAUGGCAUUUAUGUGUAAUGUAUUAUGAGAAGAGAAUAAAAGUCUCAAAAUGUCUCAGUUACACAGGUUCAUGAGAAGAGAAUGAAGAAGGCAAUUUUGAGACCAGAAAUAUUAAAUUCAGACCUUUGGCCACUCAUAUUAAAAAGGGUAGAAUUCAGUGAAGACAAAGGACCAAAAGAAACCAUAUAAUGGGAUUUAUGUGUUACAUGUGUUUGAUAAAGAAGUGGUGUCGCUGCACAAAAGUCAAGAGGUUAAAAAAAAAAAUGCAGAUUUAACUUUUAUUUUAUAGUUCAAUUGAGCUUGAAUCUGGACCGUUUCAUUCUUGAUUGAAAUACCAUUGGUAUCUGAAAUGCGUAAAUAUGGAUAAUCUUGAUGGCUUUGAAGCUGAAUCCGUUUCAUUAUGAGAAAUUAUAUAAAAUGUUGUCGAAUUUAGGUGUUUC